AUGAAAAUCUAUGUUGACGGAGGGUGCCGAGAAAAUGGGACACCAGGAGCCUACGGUGCAGCCGCCGUGGUGGUAAAGUCAAGGACCGGUGCAGUAAUCAAUUCCUACGGGGACUUUAUACCGCAGGAUUCGCGUCCAACAAACCAGCGGGCCGAGCUGAUGGCUAUCAUCCGGGGCCUAGUUAUGGCCAUCAACAGGAACUCCGAUCUGCAGAAUCGCCCCUCCAUAGACAUCAAAAUACACUCCGAUUCCAGAUACGCGGCGGUUAAUUGCAUGACCGACUGGAAACACGUAUGGCUUGGGAACGGAUGGCGCACUUCUGAAGGGUUACCCGUGUUGAAUCAGGACCUCACCAGACAAGCUCAUCAGCUCAUCAGGUCGACACCAAACUUCGAAGCUUCGGGGAGGUGA